AUGAAGACUAAUAAAAAGAGUUGUUUGUUUUCAGAGUUCUGCUUAAUAAGUGCCACGAUAAGCCACAUCACUUCACGAGUCCGGUAUCCUUCCGCCGCUCAUAGCGAUCCCUAUUGCUUGCUCUGUUUCCAGCCUAAGCCAUUGCGAGAUUCUUCAACACUAGUGAAACCCUCAUUACUGAUGGAUCCCACAAGUGACUACGAGCUCGGUUAGGGCGGUGACUCUUAACGAAAUGACUCAGCGAGCUCUCAGAUGACAGCUUAUCAAACAUCCUCUUACAACCCACAUAAAGUGACAGCCAAGUUGCCCCAGCCUGGGUUAAUCAAUUACACUUUAAUCUUUAUUUAUUACGUGUUUAAUUUUUUUUAUUAAUUUAUGGGUUUUGCUAAUUCAUUAACACUAAUGAUCAUUAAUUCAAGUGUUUGGAUUUUACUUAAAAUACAAAGAAGUAUAUGA